AUGAUCCAUCACUGCCGCUGCGAUACGACGCCAUCCAGCAUCUGGGCUACUCUAUCCCAUCCCAUGCUGCCAGUCACUACUCCUUCGACGCAUCUCAAUAUCCCGGCUUGCAGCAGCCCCGUCUUGAAACGUGGAGGCAGAUUCCCAUGGGCCAAUCGCAAAUCGCACAUUCGCAGCCCCGGUAUGCCCACCACGGAUCGUCCGCCGGCUACGUAUCGAGACGGCCGAACUUGUUCCAUGUCGCCGCCGUCCUACUAUACAUCUCUAUGCGGCACCUGGCCUCGCGACUGCCACACUAUGCGAUACCCUGCAGCACAUCAGCCCGCAUCGCGCUGA